AUGCCACCCGCGGGCGAUGGCCGUGGGUGCGGGUGCCGGCUGCCUUAUGGUUGUGUUACAGCCAGGCAGGGCGCACCCGGAGUUGAUGGCGGCGAGGCCGACCGCCUCGUCAUGGCGUGGGGUGGCUUCCAGGGCGGCCGGGAUGGCUGGACCAGCCGCUGGAGACAGUUGGUCAUCGCCCCUUGCAGUCAUUUCUGGAUGCAUCGGGCGCUCUCUGCCAGGAAAAAGCUGAAGGUAAUUCCUCCUGCAACGAUAUUCAAGUAUCGUUUGAAAGAAAACGUACUUUUCUGUAAAACUCACAGUAUUGUGACUUCUAAAAUCCGUCCUUUCUAUGGCGCAGUAGCUGAAAUUGAGAAAAAGAUUAUAGAAGCUUUUGAGGUGUUUGACCAUGAAUGCAAUAAAACUGUGGAUGUCAGAGAGAUUGGUUCAAUUGUCAGGUCACUGGGUUGCUUCCCAACUGAGGCAGAACUACAUGAACUGCUUGCAAAGGUAGAAGAAGAAGAACCAACCGGACACAUUCAUCUGGAAAAAUUUCUUCCAGUGAUGACAAAAGUACUACUCGACAGAAGCUACCGGCCUAUUCCAGAAGAUGUUCUUCUACAUGCAUUUGAGGCUUUGGAUGAGCAUAAAUGUGGAUAUAUUACUAAAGAGGAGCUGGUCAAAUAUUUGACUAAAGAAGGUGAGCCCUUUACUCAGGAAGAAAUGGAGGACAUGCUCUCCACUGCUCUAGAUCCAGAAACAGAUUCUGUUCACUACAGAGACUACAUUUCAAUGAUGAUAGUAGAUGAAACUUAA